GGGUCACCCUCUCUUUUUCUCUCUUCACGCGACCUCCCCCUUCCUCUGCAUUUCAUGGCCGAUGCUUGAAAGGAGAAGAAGACAAGCUCAUAGCUCCUUGUUUGGUCCAUUUUUUUGAAGCUUUAGGUCUUAGGAAUCUAACCCACCACUUGGUUCAUUAUGGAUGGCUGUUUUUGAAGAGUUCUACUCUCUUUUCCUCUCUGUGCACUGUUCAUGGCAGCUGCAAAAGUGGAGUUGUUUUCUUAGCUUGAAGCUUGGAUAAUCAUCUCUUGGUCCUUGGGAGUUCAUUUAAGCCAUGACACAGAGAUUUGAAAGAUUGAACUUCAGGUUCGAUGAAAUGCAAGAUAGAAUAGAAAGAGUUGAACAAAGGGAGCAACAACCCAGAAUUUCAGAACAUCAAAAUGAAGAUAAAACCAAUUCUACGAUUGAUAUGAGGCAGAAUGAGCGUCGAAAUGAAGGAAGAAGAGUACAUAAUGAAGAAAUGGUUGAUAAUAACCUAGAAAGUAUCAAGAUGAAGAUUCCAUUCUUCCAAGGCAGAAAUGAUCCAGAAGCUUACUUGGAGUGGGAAAGAAAGAUGAAGAGGAGACAUGGUGAAAGACCCAUUGAAACAUGGGAGGAAAUGAAAGCUGUCAUGAGAAGGCCAUUUAUUCGAAGUCACUACCAUAGGGACUUGUUUCAGAAAUUACAAAGUCUCACACAAGGUUCUAAAAGUGUUGAAGACUAUUUCAAGGAGAUGGAGACAACCAUGAUUCGAGCCAAUAUAGAUGAAGAUUGUGAAGCUACUAUGGCCAGAUUUUUGCUUGGCUUAAAUCGGGACAUUGCAAAUGUGGUAGAAUUACAACAUUAUGUGGAGUUAGAUGACAUGGUGCAUAUGGCCAUAAAGGUGGAGAGGCAACUGAAAAGGAAGGGUACCAUGCGUAUGGGGCAGAAUUCAACUUCUCAUUCAAGACCAAGAUGGAAUAAAAAUGAAGAGAAGCCUCAUUUCAAAUCUCCAGUUGGUUCCUCUAAAACCAACCAAGUUGUGAACACUUCCAGCCAAGGUUCAGGUAACUUGGGGGCUGAUGCCUCUGGCGGCAAGAGGCCGGAGCUCAGUUGAUGAUUAUUGCUGUUUAUAUGCUGUCAUGUUUGGAUGCUGGAUAUAUAUGCUGAUGUUAUGUUUUUAGCUUACUUUUAGUAUGUUGCUGUUGUUGAGACUUCUGUUGGGCUUGUUGCCUUAUUUGGGUGAGCAUGAGGUUUGUCCAUGCCACUUUGAUUUCUGUUACGUUUAAGUUAUCUGAGUUGUAUAAACUAUCAGGGUUGUCCGGUCUACGUGUUGUAGUUCCGUGACUAGAGACAUAUUUAUGUUGUUAAUUUA